AUGGCGUCCUCCCGGGCCAUCAAGUUGAUGCAUGAGCUGAUGCAGGAGGUCGGUGUGGCAGGAGCUCUGCUGCCCACCAAGGACGGAGGACUGGAGGCGCAACUAAGCCUCAAUGUCUCUAAUAUCCCGGAAGAAGUACUUCAGGAUAUAUUUCUCAGCGCCCCAACCUAUUCGUCCGUCCCGGCCAGCAAGAAGAGGAAGGUGCAGCCAGAAGAUGAUGAAGACGAAGUCGACCAGGAUGGGGAUGACAGACAAGAACUCGCGGUCCGGGAUGGAGCGAAUCUCGACGAGGAAGAGCCCCUCAAAAUGUACAACGAGAAGUCCGGGAGGCAAUGUUUCAAACACAGGCCCGACAUCUUUACCACCAAGGGCAAGCUCAAGAGAGAGUAUGCGUACAUCGCUGCCGGCAAUAAGAAGCCAAAACUCGGCGGCCCGGGCGGGUCGAAUGGCCGUAUUACAAACCGUCCGUGGGUCAAGGUCAUCGACAUCGACGGCCUGACCACGGACGUCGCGAGUUUCUCCUGGCUGCACGAGAAGUAG